GCAACAUUCCGCAGAGCAGAGGAAGAGACGGCAGACAGACACCGCACCUUCGACCAAGGUAAAGCAUGGCAAUGACGGGCCAAAGCUCAUGCUCCUCCAUGAGUAACCACACCAAGGAGCGGGUCACCAUGGCCAAGGUGACCCUGGAGAACUUCUACAGUAACCUCAUCGCCCAGCACGAAGAGAGAGAGAUGAGGCAGCAGAAGUUGGAGAAGGUUAUGGAUCAGGAGGGCCUGGCUGAUGAAGAGAAACGAAUGCGGCGUUCCCAACAUGCGAGGAAAGAGACAGAGUUCCUGCGUCUGAAACGUACUCGACUGGGUCUCGAGGACUUUGAGUCCCUCAAGGUGAUCGGCCGAGGAGCUUUCGGGGAGGUCCGCCUGGUGCAGAAGAAAGACACAGGUCAUGUGUACGCCAUGAAGAUCCUCCGCAAAGCUGACAUGCUGGAGAAAGAACAGGUGGGUCAUAUCCGUGCUGAGAGGGACAUCCUGGUGGAGGCAGACAGUCUGUGGGUGGUCAAAAUGUUCUACAGCUUCCAGGAUAAGAUGAACCUCUACCUCAUCAUGGAGUUCCUGCCUGGAGGAGACAUGAUGACCCUGCUGAUGAAGAAGGACACUCUGACAGAAGAAGCCACUCAGUUCUACAUCGCAGAGACGGUGCUGGCCAUCGACUCCAUCCACCAGCUGGGCUUCAUUCACAGAGACAUCAAACCAGACAACCUGCUGCUGGACUCCAGGGGUCAUGUGAAGCUGUCAGAUUUUGGUCUGUGCACGGGGCUGAAGAGAGCUCACCGGACUGAGUUCUACAAGAACCUGAACCACAGCCUGCCCAGUGACCUCAGCAAGCAAACUUUCCAGAACAUGAACUCCAAGAGGAAAGCAGAGACCUGGAAGAGGAACAGGAGGCAGCUGGCUUUCUCCACAGUCGGGACCCCGGACUACAUCGCUCCAGAGGUCUUCAUGCAGAACGGAUACAACAAGCUCUGUGAUUGGUGGAGCCUGGGCGUCAUCAUGUAUGAGAUGCUGAUAGGUUACCCUCCGUUCUGCUCGGAGACGCCUCAGGAGACGUACAGGAAGGUGAUGAACUGGCGAGAGACGCUGAUCUUCCCCCCAGAAGUGCCUAUUUCAGAGAAGGCCAAAGACCUCAUCCUCAGGUUCUGCUGCGAGGAGGAGCACAGGAUCGGUGCCGCAGGAGUCGAGGAGAUCAAGUCCAACCCGUUCUUUGAGGGAGUGGACUACGAUCAUAUCAGAGAGAGACCAGCUGCCAUCCCCAUCGAGAUCAAAAGCAUCGACGACACCUCAAACUUUGACGAGUUCCCCGAUUCAGACAUCCUCACACCCACAGCUGCUCCGGUGUCCAACCAGACCGAGGCCGACCUGAAGAACAAGGACUGGGUCUUCAUCAACUACACCUACAAACGCUUCGAGGGCCUCACGGCUCGAGGGGCGAUUCCGUCCUACAUGAAGUCCGGGAAGAGAUGAAGCCGGUCCCAUAGGAUUUAAAACCGACAGCAUCAUGACACCUGAACGAGUCGUCCAAACCCCCCGAGAGGAGAACUCUGUCUGUUCUCCGAUACCUGAGCGUUACCUCAGGACAAAUAAUAACGGGGCUCACUUUCAUCUGCUGCUUUCCACUGUAGGAACUGCUGCCUUCACCUCUGCAGUCUUCUCUUUCUCUGAUUCUUCCGAGGGUACCCUUUUUUUAUUCUUCCUGCUCGUGUGCGAGAACUGAACUGGGAUUAAAGGAUUCUGUGGGACGCCUUCAUUCCUGAUACCAGCAUCAUUUACAUUCCCUCUCUGUAAACCAGCACCAGUCUGUUGGAUCUACCAAGGGCUCCUCCUCUCUUUCCACUCCAUCACUCGUCGACUUAUCAGCUGAAACGUUUCUUUUAUUUUUAGUCUCCACUUGAAGGUAACCAGGUGCUCUUCAGGGAUUCUGUCCAAAUGUUCCUCUUGGUUUCCUGCUGGAGCUCACCGAGGCUUCUUCAGAUGGCCGAACCAAAGACUGUGAGCUGAACUGUGUUUCUGCUUCAUCUCUGUCACGUCGCUUCUUAGAACUUUUAUAGGUCGAAUAUUUGCCAGAUCUGCUCGUUGAAUUGAUUAGAAGAGAAUGAUGCAUUUUGUCGAGUCUUGUUACAUUUUGGCAGUGACCCCCUCUCCCCCCUCCCCCUCCUUAAGUUUCUGACACCUUUAGCACCUUAAAAAUGUUUGAUGCAACUCUCAGUCCAGUCAGGCCUACAGCUCGGUAAAUGUGUGUUUGGUUUGUGUGUUUUUAUUGAUUUAGAAAAGUCAAAAGUGUGGACGCAAAGUGACACCAGGAUCUACAAACUGAAGUCAAUAUUCCCCCACAAAUAUCUGCAGAGUUCAGAUGCACAGAUCUGAAACUAAAGUUGGAUCUCUGUCCGAUUUGUAAUCAAAUAUCUGGACUUCUUAUCGGAGAACUUUGGGCUGAUUCUGCACAGAUCUUUCAUCGUUUGCAAACACUUAACCGUUUCUCAGUCUCCCUGUGAAACAUCAAAAGUCGUUUAUAAUGUGCUUUAUUACCAAAUUCUUAAACACUGCUCCUCCCUAGUCUUUCAAACAGUAAGGCUGACUUGCUGAUUUCUGCAAGUGUGAUAGCCACUGUAGGACACCAAAAUUGCGCUGUCUUGAAAAACUCUACAAAGAAGUGAUGACAGCUGAUCUUAGCUACAGUCUGAAAAUGGUUUCCUUGUGUUUCUGAUCAGACUGUCGGCUUCUCGGUUUGUUUUGAGUUGUAGCAGAAACAACAGAGAAGCUGAAGUCAGACCGAGGAGAAAACUGUCCCAAUGAGAGUCAUUAUCCACAGUCACAGGGAGACGUUCUCCACACAGACACGUCACCAUGAUAUUAUUUAAAACAUCAGUUACAUUGUGAAGGAGUGUGUUGUCGAUCAGCAGCUUUGUGGGGAUAAAUAAUGUUUCAUCAGUUUGUCAAAGCUCUGCUCUGUCGUCAGGCCUUUGUUUCCCCUCCUCUGCUUCUUCACAGGACAUGAGAUUAGUUUGCUUGUUGAGUUAUUUUUUGUAUAUUUAAAUUUGAUGUCAGAAUGUUUGAUGUCAGCUGGAGGGUCGCUCAUAGCAUUACUUUCUUCACCCUGAAUGUUUGUGUUGGUUUUUUUUUAAAAGACGCUUGACAUCUUUAAAGAACGACUCCACCUUUCACACUUUUUUUUUUUUUAAUUUCUCUUUGCAGUGUGGAGUUUUUAUUUAGACGUUUAUAAGCACAGGGCUAACAGUGAACACAAUAUCCAAAAUGCUGUCAUUUAAAAAAAAAAAUGAAUGUAAAAGAAGUCUAAACGGGGUCACAGAGACGUUUUUGUUUUCGCCACAAUAAUUCCAAAAUGCUGUUUGUGUGAAUGUCGCCUGGACCUGACAUGACUCUUUGCUUUAUCUUUCUUCUGGGACGGUUGUCCUGGCACUCGAGGUGAAAUACGGAAGCUCAUUCCGACCAAAACAAAGACGAAAAAACGAGAGAAUCAUGACUUAAUAUAACUUUGAGAUAAUAACAUUUCAUAACUUUGACUUUGUCAGGUGUUGGUUUCAAGUCGUCAUUUUGCUGAGUUGAGUUUGAGGCUUGCAGUAAAGAGACAAAUGUUAGACCCCGUGCAUGAAGUGUGUGUGCACUGAGAAGAAAAGCGCUGCACGUCCGUCCUGUUACUAUUACAACAGUCUGUUUAUAACAGCUGCUGUAUGACCGACAAUGCUCCGUUACUUUUAACUGAAUGUUUUAUAUUUGACACGAUCUGUAGGAGGCAAAAGUACGGGGAAUAUUGGAAAUUUAGAAAAUAGCGCCGUUCUGAAAAGUUGAAAGGUUUUGAGUGAAAAAAAGUGUCGCGCAAACAGAAAAAGCCUUUAGAGGAUGCAGGCUCUACUUUUUUUUAGCCAGAGAUCAGGCUGAUGCUUCCACGACAUCGGGUUUUAUUUUUGAUGAUAAUGUCAUUUUUUAUUUUUGACUUUUAAUGCGGUGUAAAACAGCAGAGGGCGCCAUUUAUCAGCUGCAGCAGAUAGUUAAAAGUAACUUGACCUUUGGGUCUUUCAGAUUUUAAGGGUUAUUUUAAAGAUUCUCCAGGAAGUAAAAAAAUAAAAUAAUAAUAAUGCAAAGGUUGGACCUCAAACUGAUGCGACUCGUAUCAUGUCAGAGGAUCCAUUUUGAUUUUGGUAUAAUCAAUAACUGGAUUUUUUUGGUCAAACAAUUUUAUAAUCAUGUCGUUCCCAACGUGUCAUAUUUUGUCUUUCUUGGCAGGAAUGGGCUUCCGUAUGUCUCGGCUCCGUCUGUCACGUAACGCUCGGUGUAUUCAGGUUGUGUGUAGAUGAAGCUCAGCACAUUUAACACAUUUUAGAGAAGCACGCAGUGGAGCUUUUUUCUAUGAUGGGGGGGUCACUAUUUUUAAACCAACUGUCUGUUAGAGGGAAGUUUCUGCUCCGCAUGCUUUUUACCAAACAGCAGAAGAGUCGCUUAAAGCAAUAGAGCACAUGGAACGACUUGUUUUAUUGAUGAUGCCACUUUGUGUGUGUGCGCCCAUGUGUGUGCGUGUGUUUGUAGUUUCAAUCUGCAGGUGAGGAUGUGAGCAUGCUCAGUAGACACGAUGUGUAUGUUGUUUUCUACACGUGAGGCUCAGACGUGUGUGUAUGCCCGCUCUGAUCAGGGUCAUCCUGCAGCGUGUGUGUGGGUCAGUCGUGUGUGUACGCGCUCUUCUCGGGGUCAUCCUGCAGCGUGUGUGUCAGAUGUGUGUGUGCUCACUCUGCUGCUCAGUGUGUCAGAUGUGUGUGUGCUCACUCUGCUGCUCAGGGUCAUCCUGCAGCGCGUGUGCGCGCUCUGUUCGGGGUCAUCCUGCAGCAUGUGUGUGUGCGCGCUCUGCUCGGGGUCAUCCUGCAGCGCGUGUGAGUCAGACGUGGGGGAGCGGGGUGUUUGGGAAGGUGGGUGUACAUUAUUUAAACCACUGUUCUCCUUGUAGUGUGAGGCUGAUGUAUGUUUUCUGCUAUUUGACAAUGAAUUACUCUGCACUUAA